GUAAACCUAAGCACAUAGAAUGUUAUCACUUCCAUGGAGUUGGGUUUGUCUUUAGCCUGCGAAAAAGGGACAUUUAUAUUAGAGCAGUGGUGUAUAUUGUAAUUAUUGUAGCUAUCUUAUUUAUAUUAAUUAACCCUUCCAUUAUUUGGCACGUUGGAAACAAGUUGGUUAGUUUUUUUUUUUUUUUCCUGGUUAGCUGAGGGUUUAAUCCAUCUUUGGUUAUAAUUCCUUGAAUGGUCCUUAGUGACAGUACCUUAGGAGCCUAAUAUUGGAGAGUUUCUUGAUAUAUAAGGUCUGCCCAUUUUUCUAAGAGCAGGAAGUUUAACAAGUUAUUUUUUUCACUCAAAUGAAAAUGAAGAAUUUUUUAUUGUACCUACACGGAUCUCAAGAUAAGUUGUUUAAAAACAGAAAGUUUUAAGGCAAAGGCAAUGAAUGAUGUCAUGAACUAGUAUGUCAAGAGGACAUUUGAACAUACUAAAAGUAUAUGGUAUUAGUACAAAAUUAGUUACUUCAGUGAGUUCUUGUGUAUGUUAAAUGUUCCCGAAAAUCUUUUAUAUCCAUAGUCUUAUAUAUCUAUAAUUUUAUUAUUGACUUUAGUGGGGUUCUUAGAAAGGUAUCCUGACAGAAUUUGAUUAUCCAUAAUACCUUUGUUUGGAAAGGGCCUUUGUUGGAAAAUUGUGGAGAAGCACUUACCCAAGAAAUCUUCCUGUUCUGUGCUUUUCUGAAGACAAGCUCUGAUUUUGGUUGCUUUCUGUGUUAGGUUGUAAUCUGAAUGAUAAAUCCUUGAUAGAGCUGAUUCUACCCCAGUUUGAAUAAUUCUGCUUUUGACAGACUUGCCAUCUGAUCCUCGUUCAUCAGGACUUCCUUGAGAAAACAGUUUGAAAAAUCAGCAUUUGUUUAUUUUCAGUUUUAGUGGAUUGAAAUUAUUCAGUCCCCCAGUAAUUAAGAAAUUUAGUCAUUUUUGGUCAUUUUGUCUUCGUUGUCAUAGUUGGUAAGGAAAUGCCAAAUGGAUUUGAAUCCAUAGUCUAGAAAACUGCUAUUUAGUCAUAUAAAAUAAUUCUAAGCUUUCCCAAUUUUUUUCAAUUCGAAACCUACUAGGAGGUAAGAAAUUAAUAGAAAGAAUGUUCAGAAUAAGGACAGGAGGAUGGCUCACUAGAACAACUCGGGAAACUUGUAGACAUUUAAAACCUGAUAUUUUUAUUGAAAGACGAUGGUGGCAUUGCUAUUCAAUUUAGUCUUUCUAGGUGGAUUUAUGAACUGAUAGACUUCAUUUGAAAGUAAUGUCGUCUUUCAUUACAGAGCCCUACUGACUCUUGCUGCUACAACAGAGUCUUAACUUGCUGCAUUUUCCAAAUUCCCAUCCUUGUAAGCGUCAUGCGUUAGGCCCUAAUUGCUAGUUUUUUCUCUAUACAGGAUUGUUUUUCGUUAGGUUCACUUGAUUCAUCCGUCGCUGGAUUGGGAGCGCUGGCAACAUAAUCAACACACUUCCUACAAUCUUCAGGCUUCACAUGUGCUGAUGAUGAUGUAAACCAACUCUGCCCCAAUCAUCUUCCCCUUCUCUUAGGGUCUUACUACAUAUUGCAACAGAAGAUAAUAGUGGAGGUGAAGAGAGUAGCAUGAAGUUUGGCACUACACUGAAGAAUUGUAGGCAUCUCUUGGAAUGUGCUAAGGAACUUGAUGUCCAAAUAAUUGGGGUUAAAUUUCACGUUUCAAGUGCUUGCAAAAUAUCUCAAGUAUAUGUACAUGCUCUAUCUGAUGCACGAUGUGUGUUUGACAUGGCUGGAGAAUUUGGUUUCAAGAUGAACAUUUUAGACAUUGGUGGAGGCUUCACAGGAACUGAAUAUCAGUUGGAAGAGGUUAAUCAUGUUAUCAGCCCUUUAUUGGAUAUCUACUUUCCUGAAGGAUCUGGCAUUAAGAUAAUUUCAGAACCUGGAAGCUACUAUGUGUCUUCUGCAUUUACACUUGCAGUUAAUAUCAUUGCAAAGAAAGUUGUUCAAAAUGAUAAAUUUUCCUCUGGAGUAGGAAAAAAUGGAAGUGAUGAACCAGCCUUUAUGUAUUACGUGAAUGAUGGUGUCUAUGGUUCUUUUGCAAGUAAACUGUCAGAGGACUUAAAUACCAUUCCAGAGGUUCACAAGAAAUACAAGGAAGAUGAGCCUUUGUUUACAAGCAGCCUUUGGGGUCCAUCCUGUGAUGAGCUUGAUCAGAUUGUGGAAAGCUGUCUUCUUCCUGAGCUGAAUGUGGGAGAUUGGCUUAUCUUUGAUAAUAUGGGAGCAGAUUCUUUCCAUGAGCCAUCUGCUUUUAAUGAUUUUCAGAGACCAGCUAUUUAUUACAUGAUGUCAUUUAGUGAUUGGUAUGAGAUGCAAGAUGCUGGAAUUACUUCAGACACAGUGAUGAAGAACUUCUUCUUUGUGCCUUCUUGCAUUCAACUGAGCCAAGAAGACAGCUUUCCCACUGACGCUUAAACAGGCAUUAACGCUUCUUUAGAUCUGAAGUUGCAGGUUAAACUUGUCUGGUCAACAUUCCAGUGUGGAAAGUUUUGAACAGUCUUAUUCUGUUAAUUUUCUUGGAAACAAAAACUAUUAGUAAUAGCUGUUUGGGACCAGACAAAAUCAGCUUUCAACUAUAAUUCAUUGGGGGUGAUGGGAGAUUAGAUAAUGUAUCCAGAUUUAAAUUUACCAGUUUGCCCUACCCCUAAGCGUUUAAAAUAAAAUAUGCAACAAAAUGGAUGACUUAGUGGAGAUGGAAGCCCAUUAAUUGGGUUCCCCAUUAAAUCGUUUACAUACAAGUACACAGUUUUUAUACUAAGGAUUCGUGUUAAAAAGUCUUGUAAAGUUAAUGUCUUUCACCCAGAUAUAUCAGAUGUCAGUGGAAGACCAGUAUGACUUCAUUAGAUACGUUUAGUGUGUUUAGAAUAUGUAAAUUUGUGCUUUGAACUGUAGUUUAAUGUACAAUUGCAUCAUAGUAUUUGUUGUAUUUGACCUAAUGUAACCCUUGUAUGAUUGCAAUAAAAUUUUUGUGUAGAUUUUAACUUUUCUUCAGGCUAAAAUUUUGGGAAAGGGGCUAGCUAGCAAAGGUAGUUUUGAAAUAGAUGUGUAUAUGGACUGUUUUGAAGGUUAUUUUUUUUUAUAGCCCAUUUAAGUUUAGUUUGCGCAGUACAUUAUUCAAUUAUUUAAUUAGUAAUUUAAGUAAAAUGUUUGGUAAAUCAUUGUGAAGUUCAGAUUCAUUAUGGAGAGUUGAUGUGCAGUAAGCAUGAUGUUUAACAAUUUUAACACCAAAAAUGUUAAUCCUGCAUAAACCAAUUGUAAUAAUUAAUAGGUGUUUCUGUAUAGAUAGAAUGCAUAGAGUACUUUAGUAAAUCUUUGAAUUACAAAUCUUUUGGCUGAAAUGGAAGAUUCUAUUAAAUACUUUCAGUAAGUCUAGGAGAGGGAAGUAAAAUUGCAGCAAACUUGCAGAGCACUAAAACUUAAAGAAGGGCUACAUCUAUAUUCAGAAACUUGAUGCUCUUUUGCAUGGAAUAUUUAAAUUGAGAGUGGGGGGUGGGGAUAAAACAGUUAAAUUUUCUUCAGUUUCUCAAUUGCAAUGAUUUCAAACUUUUUUUAUUGUUGGAGCUAUAUAUACCCUUAGUUAUCUCCAAUUUGUUCAGCUUAGUGAUUACUUUUAAUUCUUUUGAUACUAAAAUUGUAUGGUGGUCAUGAAAGGAGGAGUAGCAUCAUUAACCUGACAGUUGUUGCCAGGAGUUUGCAUUGUUCACUGCUAGUGUAGUAGUAAUCCUAGGUCUCAGAAUCACUAUAGUAAUAAAAUAAACAACCGGGGUCAUUUUUCCUAACUUAUUCUAUGUUCAGAUGUGGAAUUUCUGUCUUCCAAGAGGAAAUGUGUCUUCACUUUGGUGCCAAUUGGCAGAAAAUUCUACCUGUGCUACAUAGGAAAAGUUUGGAAUGCACUUAAUAGCUGGUUUUUACGCCUUGAUUUCAAGGUGGAAAGAAAUUGAUCAUGAAUCUCUAAUAAAAUUCAACCUUUUAAACCAGUAGGUGCUUAAUAUUUUUUUGAUUUGAUUAAUGCCCAUUUGAAUUUCAUGGGUUCUAUUAAUAAAAAAAUCUAGGACCCCAAUCCAUUGUCAUCUGAUUCCCCUUGGGUUUUUCCAAGGGUAAUGUGGGGUUUUAUGCAAAAUUCCAAACUACCAUGCAACUUCUUUUAACUAAUUAGGAGGAGGAAUUGUCCCCCACCUUCUUUAAAUGUUGUGCUUUAUUGUGGUCCAGAAAUGCCAAACCUUCUUAAAGAUGGUGCAACUUUGAGGCCUUGGCUUGGCUAUCCAACUUUGAACUUCAUGGCAUGUCAGUUUUGCCAUAUCCGUAGGAGAGCUGUUCUGCAUGAACCAGCCCAGAGUUGCAAAUAUUACACGUGAAUGAAAUGGUGACUUUAAGAGAUGUCUGUGUUGUAUUUGAAGAUUGUUUGCCAUAAAUCUGAAGUUUGAACCUAUGUAUUUCAAUUUGGUAUGCUAAAAUAGUACUGAAUUAAUGUAACAAUUUUUUUUUUACAAUAUUGUAAUCUCAGUUCAGAAUUUAACUGAAAAUAUAAAACCCAAAUGAUUUCUAUAUAGUAAAUUGAACUGUAAAUGUAACUUGUGUGUGAUUCUGAAUAUACAGAUAAAAUGUUUUUAA